CUGUGAGAAGUCUUGUUCAUUAUAUGGCUGCUCAAAAAAGGAUACAGGUCAAUUUUUGUACUUUUAUCGAUGAAUGUUAUGAAAUAGUAUUUAUUAUAGACAUUUCUUUUACUUGACGAAUCCGAACGAGACAAUCGAUUAUUGUCUCGAUCACAUUCAGAACUUGCGUGUAUCGAAAAAAUUGAACCGACAAUAGCGAAAAAUAUUCAAACACAAUCACCAAAAGUUAUAUGCAAUUUGAAACGAGCACAGUGGGAAAAGAGUUCACUUUUGCAAACACUCACUGGUGAAAUUGCAAUUUUCGAUGGAAAAGUUCGAAUGCAUGGUUCAUUCUGUUAUGUACCACAAGAGUCAUGGAUAUUUUCUUCAACUAUUAAAACAAAUAUUCUCUUCGGCAAAGCAUAUGAUCAUAAUUUAUUUCGAAAUGUUGUUAAAGCAACUGCACUCGAUAUAGAUUUUGCUCAAUUACCUAAUGGGGAAAAUACUCUUGUUGGUGAUCAAGGUGUUAUGUUGUCUGGAGGUCAAAAGGCACGUGUUAAUAUGGCUCGAGCACUCUAUCGUAACGCAGAUAUCUAUCUUCUGGAUGAUCCUUUAUCUGCUGUUGAUGUCAAAGUAGCUAAACAUCUCUUUCAAAGAUCUAUCAAAAAUUAUCUUGCUAAUAAGAUUUGUAUAUUGGUUACACAUCAAAUUCAAUUCUUGCAAGAUGCAACAAAAAUUAUUGUACUUAAUAAUGGUGAAAUGGUACAAAUUGGUACUUAUAUUGAUUUGCUUGAUUCGUCAACAUCAUUUGCUCGUUUACUUGAUGAUAUUCAUCAAUUUGACCAACAACAUUCUAUCGAACUUCAUCAACAACAAUCAAUUCUUAGUUCGACCUGUUCGAAUGUUGAUGAAGAAAUGUUGACAUUUUCGAAAAAUGUUGAAACAAAACAAAAGGGUGCAGUCAAAUGGUAUGUGUAUAUUGUAUAUUUAAAAGCUGGUGUUGGUAUUAUUAUGGUAAUUGGUGGUUAG